CAGAAAGAAUUCGGUUUUUAUAGUAAGAAGCGAUCGAAGCUUAAUGAUAAUGAAGUGUGUGUAAACUUCCUGGAAUUGAGAAAUUAAAUUCCUGAAAGCUACGCGAAAUGAGACUUAUUUUUAUAAUUGAAUAUUUUAUCGAGCAAUCAUAAAAGAUGUAUUAACAAAACAGCAGGCAAUCGUUGUACGAGUACAUUAUACUGUAACAGCAGCAUAAAAAUCGUUCCAAGUUGUUGUUAACUAUCGGAUUGUUAUUUGCUCCUCAGCACCAAAGGUUGCUUAUACGCCUCCGCAGCAUCGUGUUAAGCGCACAAGUGUGUUUGAUGCCGAAACAAAAAUGUAAAAGUGCAGUAAAUACUAUUAAUCCGCAAUAAGAGCACAAUAACUCACAAAACGUGGAAUUUAUAAAGCAUAAAAAUCUACAAAGUGUUCAAAGUGUACAAAGUGUACAAGGCAUCGUUAAGUGUAUUGUACUAAUGUGGUUGACUUAAUGUGGGCGCAUUAAAAUCAUUGUAGCGGCGAUAAUUAAAUAUUUCUCUAGAGCAAACACAACGCUGUGAAAUUAAUUAUUUUAUAGUUUGCCCACAAUCCAAUACAGAAUGUACAUUUCAACGAGUGACUAUGAAAGUGAAAAGUUCGCCAACUACACGUAUGAGCUGAAAUCAAAGAGCACAUCACAAAUGACCACACACACCCCUGCAGCGUCUAUGAAAAGUACACCACCGGCCCGUGCGUCUGCAGCUACUGGCACAAUCAGCCUCGAGCUGUUGAACGAGCAAUUCAAUAUGAACGUCAACGAUAAUGUGAGCUUUACACUCCCACCGACACCAUUACCUUUCACAUAUGUGUUUCAAAACGAGAGCAUAUACUACGACAAUGACACCUAUGUGGUGACGCCGCGCAUUAGUUCGGAGAUUCCCAUUUGGCUGAUACCCUGCUAUGGCGUGAUCUUCUUUUUUGCCAUUUUCGGUAAUUUGCUUGUGAUCUCAACGCUCGUGCAAAAUCGCCGUAUGCGUAAUGUUACCAAUGUUUUUCUGCUAAAUCUGGCUAUAUCCGAUAUGCUGUUGGGCGUGUUGUGUAUGCCCGUAACCUUGGUUGGCACACUGUUGCGCCACUUCAUCUUCGGUGAAUUCUUUUGCAAACUCAUACAAUUCUCUCAAGCUGCGUCGGUAGCCGUUUCAUCAUGGACAUUGGUUGCGAUAUCAUGCGAACGUUAUUACGCCAUUUGCCAUCCGUUACGCUCAAGGACAUGGCAAACGAUUAAUCAUGCCUAUCGAAUUAUUGGAUUCAUUUGGUUCGGUAGCAUUGUUUGCAUGACUCCGAUUGCAUUAUUUAGUCAAUUAAUUCCAACAAGUCGGCAAGGCUUACGCAAAUGUCGCGACCAAUGGCCGGAGGACACCAUUGCGUAUGAGCGUUUUUAUAAUAUAUUCUUAGACUUGGCAUUGUUGGUGUUGCCACUAUUCGUGCUAUGCGUUGCGUAUAUUCUCAUUACGCGCACCCUGUAUGUGGGUAUGCGCGCGGAGCGAGCUUUAAUAUUUGGCGGCAAUAUCAACAGCAGCAGGACAAGCGUCAAGCAGCACGAUGACAGUACAUUAGGGGCAAUUGCUACAGUCACUAAAAGCGCAACGGCCACAGCGGCAGAUGCCGCACUGCAUUCACCGUUAUUAAGAAGAUUUAAUUUGAAGAUGUCACUACGCUGUCAUGGCAGUCAAGCCAACAUGGGAAGCUAUGAUAUUAGAAGUGAUGACCAAGACGCCGCAGCUGGAGCACAAAGUGACACAAGAUAUCACCAACAACAACAGCAGCAACUGAAGUACUACGGUAAGUAUCGUACAUUGUAUGAAAUGUCUUCUUAUCAGCAAUUAAACGAGAAUCACAAUUAAACACAAGUGAAACCACUGAAUUUAUGCGGUUUGUAAAACAAACAAAUGAUUGCGUGUUCAUGACAUCUUGGUUGCCGAUAGGCAAACUUAAACUCGCUGCAAAAAAAUUGAAAAAAUCUCGGCGCUGAAAAAUGCUCUUAAACACACCAUAGUUUCUCGUAUUUAAGUUAAAUUAUAAAGUUAACUAUAACAGCUUCUACAAUUUAGUUCACCUACACGCUAUUUGCGAAAGCAUAAAA